AUGAAAGCCUCGACGAUUCUUGCCUUCUUCUUUGGGCUGACUUCAGCCGGGGUAACUCGUGCACCUGACGGUCUUGAGGCCCAUAUAGACCAACUUGACUCCGAUAUCAAAAGCACCAACGCCGCGCCUCUUAGACGGUCCUCACAAAAUGGGCCCGAGUCUUCUUCAGCACCGAAAGACCGUCGAAUGCUAGCAAAAAGGGCAUUAAAAACACAAAAGAGUGCCCCUUGGGGUCUCAGAGCCGUAUCUCAUCGACGCGCCGGGGCCUUUUAUGAGAAAUUCCCCCCCGACCCGGCGUCCAAGUACUACUAUGAUGAUCGGGCCGGUCUCGGCACGUACGCAUAUAUUCUCGACGGUGGCAUCCGCACCACCCAUGGGGAAUUCGAGGGCCGCGCGGAGACGGUCUUCACUUUAUAUCCCGGCGAUGAAAUUGACCACCGCGGUCACGGCACCGGAGUCGCUGGCGUACUUGGAAGCAAAACCUACGGCGUAGCAAAGCGGGCCAAGCUCCUGUCUGUCAAGACGCUCGAUGAAGAAGGCGGCUGCACCGCUUCUGCGGCGCUUCGCGCGCUGUCCUGGACUGCAGAGCAUAUACUCAGAAACGGCCGCCAGCAUUCAUCCGUCAUCAACCUGUCGUUCGGGGUCAAAAAGGUGCAGUCACUGAAUACCUUUAUAGAAGCCCUCAUUAGCGAAGCCGACGUCCCUGUCGUCACGGCCGCCGGCAAUGAGAACGAGGAUGCCAGCAUUAGCACGCCGGGAUCUGCCAAGGGAGUAAUCAACGUUGGCCACAUGAACAAGCACUGGGUUCUUUCGCCUAAGUCGAACUGGGGCCCGUCGGUUACUAUGCUAGCUCCUGGAGUUGACGUGGAAUGUCCCUCUUCAGGCAGCGAUACCAACGUUAUAUUGCAGAGUGGCUCCUCUUUUGCGGCGCCUCAUGUUGCCGGUCUUGUCUUGAAUGCAAUUUCGGUCCAUGGCAUCAAGGGGGCUACUAAAAUAAAGCAAUUCCUUCUACAGUCGGCUACCAGAGACCAAGCUUGUACCUACCACAACACGCCAAACAUAGUAGCCAACAACGGCAACACUGUGCAGAAGAAACACACAAAGCCGCGUAACUGUUAA